ACUCUUCUCCCCAAUCCAUUAAAAUUCUCUCUCUCUCUCUUUCUCUCUCUCUCUCAAAGAGUGAAAAUGAAGAUGAUGAAGGUUGAAGGAGAGCAGAAGAGAUAUGCAUUGUUGCUAGCCGCAAGGGACUCAGAUUAUGUGAAGAAAGUAUACGGAGGAUACUUAAACGUGUUCAUAGAAACUCUGGGAGAAGAAGGAGAAAUAUGGGAUUUAUUCCGGGUGGUCGACGGCGACUUUCCGGCGAUGGAUGACCUCCAUAGCUAUGAAGGUUUUGUGAUCAGUGGAAGCCCUUAUGAUGCCUAUGGCAAUGAGCCAUGGAUUCUCCAGCUCUGCCUUCUUCUCCAAGCUUUGUUCUCCAUGCAAAAGAAAGUCCUCGGCAUUUGCUUUGGCCACCAAGUUUUGUGUAGAGCUUUGGGAGGAAAAGUUGGGAAGGCUUAUAGUGGAUGGGAUAUUGGAGUUAGAAAAGUGGAGAUUGUGAAGGAUUUAUGCUUCCAAUUCCUUGGUGAUGAUGAUGAUAAUUUGGAAGAAACAUCACCAUCUCUUUCCAUCAUUGAGGUUCAUCAAGAUGAGGUAUGGGAAGUGCCAAUAGGAGCAGAGGUGUUGGCAUUCUCGGACAAGACAUGCGUGGAAAUGUUUAGGAUUGGAGAACAUAUUCUUGGAAUUCAAGGACAUCCUGAGUACACUUAAGACAUCCUCAAUAACCUCAUUGACCGUUUGCUCUCCAAUGGCUCCAUAGAGAUAGGGUUUGCUGAAGAUGUAAGGGCCAAGAUUUUGGCAGCGGAGCCAGAUAGAAAGUGCUGGGAGAAGAUCUGCAAAACGUUCCUUAAAGGAAAAGUUGAAAUAUGAAUUUU